GUAGGCAUGGGUGAGCAAUAUGGCGCUUAAGUGAGUCGAAUGUUUCGCGAAGACCAGGCGAAUAUUGAGGCAUAUGAAACAUUUCCUGAAAGCUGUGGGGCUUCUGUUUUGGUACAUCGAGUCGAUAUAGAGCAGACAGCAGCAGCACACUUAGCAGUACUUUGACAAGAGAUUGACGUUGUUCAGUGGGUGUUUCGCUUUUUGGGAUCGAGAAUUGGGUCUCCUCAUUUCGAUAAACUUAGAGCCAAUUUUUCCACGUGACACACGUUCCUGGCGAACAUCAAAAUUUCCACGAUGAAGAAAAAGGUUCUAUUGAUGGGUAAAAGUGGCUCCGGCAAGACCAGUAUGCGCAGCAUCAUAUUUGCCAACUACAUUGCCAGAGAUACACGGCGUCUUGGAGCAACCAUUGACGUGGAGCACAGCCACGUUCGAUUUCUCGGCAACUUGGUGCUAAAUUUAUGGGAUUGCGGUGGUCAAGAAGCAUUUAUGGAAAACUAUUUUGCUUCCCAAAGGGAUAACAUUUUUAGAAAUGUCGAAGUAUUGAUUUAUGUGUUUGAUGUAGAGUCUCGAGAGUUAGAUAAAGACAUGCACUAUUAUCAAAGCUGCCUAGAAGCCAUUCUGCAGAAUAGUCCUGAUGCCAAGAUAUUCUGCUUGGUCCACAAAAUGGAUUUGGUUCAGGAGGACAAAAGAGACUUGAUAUUCAGAGAGCGUGAAGAAGAUCUGAAACGAUUAAGCUUGCCAUUGGAAUGUACGUGUUUCAGAACUAGCAUAUGGGACGAAACACUAUACAGAGCAUGGUCAUCGAUUGUUUACAUGUUGAUCCCGAAUGUUAAAGAGCUAGAGCUAAGCCUAAACCAAUUUGCGAAUAUCAUAGAUGCGGAUGAGGUUCUGCUUUUUGAACGUGCUACAUUUUUAGUAAUUAGUCAUUGUCAAAGACGGGUGCACAGAGAUGUUCACAGAUUUGAAAAAGUCUCGAACAUAAUCAAGCAGUUCAAACUUAGCUGCAGCAAGUUGGCAGCGCAAUUUCAGAGCAUGGAAGUGAGAAAUACAAAUUUUGCAGCCUUCAUUGAUGUCUUUACGUCAAAUACAUACGUCAUGGUUAUCAUGUCGGACCCAGCCAUACCAUCAGCAGCAACGCUUAUAAAUAUUCGGAAUGCACGAAAGCACUUUGAAAAAUUGGAGCGUGCUAGUCAGAGUUCAGCAUUGAGCAGAUAGAAAUUACCUCGACCCAGGCGCAGCAUCACCCGGGUCCAGUCAAUUCACCACUGUUGAGAUAAUUCGAUAAUUACAAUGAGCAGUGUUUACUAUUAGCAUGAAAUUUGUAACUUAUUCCCAAUUUAUGCCAUGAUUAAUGUGAGCAUGAAAUGUAGAGCCAAUAUUCUCUGUUUCUUUUUUUAUCCAAUCUGUUUCUCUGAAUUUAAGCUCAUUAUGGAGCCAUUUGUGUGCUGAAAAAAUACCCAUUGUCUCUGGAAUGCUACGUUUUUUUUUGUGCGAAUGAUGAAAGAGGAAAUAUUAAUCACUGUCCCCACAUCAUACCAACGGUUAUAGAUGAUAUGCUGUAAGAUGUAAACAUCUAUAUAUACGUACAUAUGCUGCUCAUAUCUUACUACUACUAUUACUAUUCUACUACUACACUGAAUUUGAUUAUAUCGAGAGAAAGAGUGCUACAAUCAUAUUUAUAACGGUUCAACAUUACAGAAAUUGUGAGUGCAUGAUCAGUUGCGGUAGCUCAUAAAAUUUCUCUUUUUAAAGUAGACUUGUUCUUAUCUAUGCUCUCCAUGAAAAUGUAUGGCUCACCGUUUCAUUUUUGAGUUUUGUUACUUACGUGAAGCCGUUGAAAGUAUACACAGUUUUCCAUAUCCUAUUCUACAGGUUCAAGCACUCGUUCUCUAUUAUUCUAUUCUUAGGAUAAAUUUAUUCAUACAUUUUCAUCAUUGUUCGCAAGAUGUUU